UUACGACAUUCAGUUCUACCAACUUAAUUUUUUAGUCUCCAUUUUAGGGCAGCUGAUAUUUGUUUGAGUAAAGAUUUUAUAAAAAUAAUUAUAUUUUUGUCCUAAAAUGGGUGCCUCAUUCGUUCCCAUCACGGUUUUCACCGUUUUCUGGGGUGUAGUGGGUAUCGUCUGCCCGUUUUUCGCCCCUAAAGGUCCCAACAGAGGGAUAAUUCAAGUGGUAUUGAUGCUAACAGCAGCUACGUGUUGGUUAUUCUGGCUGUGCGCAUACAUGGCGCAAAUGAACCCUCUCAUUGGACCCAGAUUGGACAACGAGACUCUUAUCUGGAUUUCACAGACUUGGGGCAAAUCAUACAAGCAAUAAGCAACACCAUUCAGCUAAGAUGAAUGUAAGGAAAAGUGUGCCGUGAUUACAAAUAAACAACUUUGAUUAUUAAUCCUGAUUAUAAUAAUUUAAAUAAAUAUUGGAGCUUCAACUCCAUCACGGACGCAUAACUUCAAUAUGACAAGUUUUAAAUUAGACUUAUCAUCUGGAAUGCAUUGCGCAGAUUAAAAAUAUAAUGAUCAUUCCAUUUCAAACAAAUAUUAAGAAUGUAUUAAAUAUAAUUUUUAAGUUUAACAUCUCUGUAAAAAAUAUUUAAAUUAUAAAUAAAUAUAAACUUUGUUCCAAUAAAUCUAGUUAACAGAA